UAAGUCACAAUGAAGUAGAAACUUUGUUUUCCAGGUUCGCAUUUAUGUGGAUGCUGUAAUUAAUCAUAUGUGUGGCAAUGCUGCGGGUGCAGGAACAAGCAGUACUUGUGGAAGUUACUUCAACGCUGGAAAUAGAGAAUUUCCAGCGGUUCCAUAUUCUGGAUGGGAUUUUAAUGAUGGUAAAUGUAAAACUGGAAGUGGAGAUAUUGAGAACUACAAUGAUGCUACUCAGGUCAGAGAUUGUCGUCUGGUUGGUCUUCUGGAUCUUGCACUGGAGAAAGAUUACGUGCGUUCUAAGAUUGCCGAAUAUAUGAACUAUCUCAUUGACAUUGGUGUUGCUGGCUUCAGACUUGAUGCUUCCAAGCACAUGUGGCCUGGAGACAUAAAGGCAGUUUUGGAUAAACUGCAUAAUCUCAACACUAGCUGGUUCCCUGCAGGAAGUAAACCUUUCAUUUACCAGGAGGUAAUUGAUCUGGGUGGUGAGCCAAUUACAAGCAGUCAGUACUUUGGAAAUGGCCGCGUGACAGAAUUCAAGUAUGGUGCAAAACUCGGCACAGUUAUUCGCAAGUGGAAUGGAGAGAAGAUGAGUUACUUAAAGAACUGGGGAGAAGGUUGGGGUUUCAUGCCUUCUGACAGA